UCUCCACCCAAUCAUAUCCCCUUCUCUGCUCCUGAUUCCUCAUCACUUGUUAACUCAAAGAAGUGGGUAAGCAUGCAUCUGCCUUUUCUCCACUUGGUCAUCAUCGUGCUCCUGAUUCCUUGGCCCUUCAGUUCAGUGCUUCUGUGCGCACCUGUCAGUGUGCUUGUCCCUGGCAUGAGACUCGCUCCUGACAAAACUCUCACCUCGGACCAAGGUUCGUUCGCCUUAGACUUCUUUACCCCCUCAAAUUCAACUGAAAAUACAUAUGUUGGCAUAUGGUUCAACGAUAUCCCAUUGCGCACCAUCGUCUGGGUUGCCAACCGCGAUAAUCCGAUCACUGAUGCUUCAUCCGCGAUGCUUACUAUGACCGGCAACUCUAGCCUUAUGUUGUCUGAAAACAAUGGCCACCACAUACUUUGGAUGGCAAACACAAUCACUGGCAGCAACUCUUCGGCCAAACUUCUCAACAAUGGCAAUCUUGUAGUCCUAUCAUCAGACAGUGACAUGUUAUGGCAGAGUUUCGAGAAUCCAAGCGACACCAUCCUUGCUGGCAUGCCUAUGCAGGCGACCCACAAGACACACCCACCAUGGCGGAUCAUCUCUUGGAAGGGCCCUGAAGACCCGUCAAAAGGCAGGUUCUCUGUUGGGAAUGACCUUGACACUCCCCUACAGUCCUUCAUCUGGAAUGGGUCAGUGCCAUACUUCCGUGCUGCUGUGAGGAACGGCUAUGUAUCCUCCAACGGGGGCCUCCAGGCAGUUAGUCCACUCAUGUAUUUGACGAUUUACAUGGGCACCAAUGGCGAGACCUAUUCAACAUUUGGACUAUCAGAUGGCUCCUCCAGGAUAUUUUACAAGGUUGACUACUCUGGAAAGACCACGAUAUGGAGAUGGAAUACCAGCUUAACAGAUUGGACCCUCAUUACAUCGUGGCCAGCUUACCGGUGCAAUCUCUAUGGAUACUGUGGUGCAUAUGGCUACUACGACAACACACAGGGAAUUCCUACAUGCAAGUGCCUUGCUGGAUUUGACCCUAGUAACAAAACAGAGUGGGUUGGAGGCAUUUUUUCUCAUGGUUGCCGGCGAAAGGAGGAACUGCAGUGUGGUGGACAGGACAAUUUCCUGACCUUGCCAGCAAUGAAGGUGCCAGACAAGUUUGUACGCCCGUGGAACAAAAGCUAUGAUGACUGCAAAGUGGAGUGCAGCAAAAAUUGCUCAUCUGUAGCAUAUGCUUAUGCUAAUCUAAGCACCACCUACAUUGAUGGGGAUGCAACAAGGUGCCUGAUGUGGACCGGGGAGCUGAUUGACGUGGGGAAGGGUGCCAUUGGCAAUGAGAACCUAUAUCUCCGGCUUGCUGCCUUGUCAAGAAAAGGGCAAAAGAGCAUCGUAAUAAAAGUUAUACCAGGAAUUUCAGCAAGUGUGUUGCUGAUACUUCUAUUGGCAUGCCUUGUAUGGUCCUGCAAGUUUAAAGGAAAACAUGACAAGAAAGGAAGACCAAAGAGACUGAUAAUGGGGGAUUUGCGCAGUAGUGAUGGACUCGGAGAGGAAACUCAUGAACUUCCAUUUAUUAGCUUUGAGGAAAUAGUUGCUGCAACAAACAACUUCUCUAUGUCCAAUUUGCUAGGAGAAGGCGGCUUUGGUAAAGUUUACAAGGGGCUCUUCCAUGGCAACAAAGAAGUUGCUGUUAAAAGGCUCAGUAGAGGUUCUGGGCAGGGGGCAAUAGAGUUUAGGAAUGAAGUAGUCGUGAUUGCUAAACUGCAACACAAAAACCUUGUAAGGCUUGUCUGUUAUUUUGUGCAGGGCGAUGAAAAGCUACUUAUUUAUGAGUAUCUGCCAAACAGAAGCCUGGAUACCACUCUUCCUUUUCAAUUCUGAAAAGAAGCCAAUGCUUCACUGGCCAACACGAUUCAAUAUAAUCAAAGGAGUAGCUAGAGGACUACUCUAUCUACAUCAAGACUCAAGACUGAUGAUAAUUCAUAGGGAUCUGAAAACAAGCAACAUUUUGCUAGAUGGGAAUAUGAAUCCCUAGAUAUCUGAUUUUGGCAUGGCAAGAAUCUUUGGUGGAGAUGAGCAACAAGCAAACACUAACCGAGUUGUCGGAACAUAGCAUGGAGGGAAGGGCUAGCAAUGGAUUUGGUGGAUCCAUCAGUUUCAGAGAGUUGCUCGAAUGAAGAGGCUUUAUGUUGCAUUCAUGUUGGGCUCUUGUGUGUUCAGGAUGAUCCGGAUGUCAGACCACUCAAGUCAACUGUUGUAUCAACGUUGGAGAGUAGAAGCACACCAGUUGCAACGCCUGAUAAGCCACUGUAUUUUUCUCGGAGGAAUAAGGUAGCAAAGAGAGCAGACUACGGUCAGGACUCUGUGGAUAUGGAAGCCCUUACAGUACUGGAGGGGCGAUAGGGUCUCGAAGUUUUCAAGUUCCACCCGUGCACUGUUUCCUGUUCUCCCAUGCUUGCAUUGAGAUGAUUUUGCAGCACUCUUUCAAAGCCAAAGCUUCCAAAAGGUGUGAUUUCACCCCCUCAGUUCAAAGAUGGAAUCUACCGUGGGAGGACAAGGUUAUGGUCAACCUUGAUACUGCCAUCUUCUUACAAUCUGAAUAUAUUGGUGCUGGUGUUGUACUUUUGUGUCCAGUGAUCACUUCUAUGAGAAUGUGUGAUCACUUCUAUGAGAAGGUUUGCGAUCCUGAACCCGCUGAAGUAAUGGCCACUCGAUGUUCUUUUAUCAUGUUCUCUUGUUGAUGGUAUUCAGAGGAAUAUCUUAGCUUGUGAUUGUUCAUCUCUGGUGUCCAAGCUGAAUGCCUCUGAAGCUGAACGAUUGGCUACUGGUGCUGUCGCCCAUGACAUCAAGUUAUUACCGUUGUUGAAGUUUGUUUCAGUUUCCUUUAUUCAUGUUAGUUGAGCAUGUAAUAGGGCGGCUCAUGCUAUCACGCGAUCUGCGGAGCAUGUUGUCGUAGGUGCUUGGUAUGUCGAAGCUCCGGAUUUCAUCGGACCCGUACUUUGUAAUGAACUUAUUGUCAUUUAAUCAAUGAAGCGCCAC